AACCAUUCAUCAUAACCACCAACACCACUAAAUACCAGGGGAAGUUCCCGGAAACUUUCCGGAAAUGAGACGAAAAAAAGCCCCAUAUUGUAUGAGCUGCACAAGUACAGCUAUUCAUGUGGGUGUUAAUCCUACUCUGAACUUAUAUUAAGGAGUUUUGCCAUUGUUUUAUCCGGAAGUUUUUUUCUUACAACAUGGCCGAUUGCCGACAAGUUGUUAGCUAUGGUUUGUUCGCGGUUGUUGUCCUAAGUCCAAUAUGGUUCGGAUGGUACCAACUAGACGUCCACCGGGAGAAACAGGAGGAAAAAGCUCGAUUUCAUCGAUGGUUGAGGGAGAAUGAAUUGGGAGAAUUUAUACCAAACCUUGACAGAGCUCGAAUCAUAUCUUUGGAAAUGUUUGCAGAGAUGAAUGUCCCUAAGUUUAUUGCCAAACACUUUUCCUGGAGCAACCUGCUCCAGUUUGGGACCAUGAAAGAUAAACUAAAGAAUGGUGUCCAGAAAAUUAAAGAAGAACAACUUUUCAAAUGGCUUCAGAGCAAGAAAUUAGAGCAGUAUUACCAAACCCUGUUGUUAGAGGGCAUAACUGAUGUAGACAGUUUUCAAUUGAUGGAUUAUGACCUCUUGAAUAAACUAACAAAUAUAGGUUCAAAGGACUAUCACUUGAUGAAGAGUGCAGUAAAUGAGGCAAGGCAACAACGAAGUUGGGGCACUAGAAUACCAUUGUCAUUUAGAGUAGGAAUCAUUGGCUAUUUAUUUUCUGGGAUAUGGUUUCUCUGCUGUCUUCUUGCUAAAAGCCUUGUGUACCUAGCUGCUACUGUCCUUGUGUUUUAUGCUGGCCGUAGUGCCAUACAACGUGCUACUCAAGUUUGCCAACAGCAUAAGAUCUCCUUACUCAGCUAUUUGUUCGGGCAUUACUUACAACCACGCUUCACUAAAGUCAAGUGGGAAUGGCAGGAUCCUCAGGUGGUUGGAGAAACUCUUACAUUUUUACUCCAGUUUUACAGGCAUAAUUAUACCCCCUUCACUGUGAAAAGGACGGACAUCGACAUAGAGAUCGUGCAUGAUGGAACUCCAAUAGCAUGCUCCCUAGAUUUUGGUGGCCCAGGCUGGCAAGAGAUGAACAGAGUGAAAGUGACCUUCACCGUUCGUAAAUCAGGAGAUUAUAACAUAGCUGUUCUGGCAAUGGGAGAGCACAUUACGGGGAGCCCAUUUGCAAAAGUUUUUUUACCAGGGCCUGUUGAUCCUGCGAAGUGUACAAUAAUUGAGCGCUCCUCCAUCCUGGUGCUCCAGCAAGGUGUGUACUCGCCGUUACUAGUGGAGGCCAGGGACGUGUAUGGGAACCUACGAAGCAUAAGUAAUGCAGAGGACCUGCUGAAAUACAAGGUUCACAUCAAAAAGAUUGGUGGAUCUGACUCUAUUGACCCUGAGUUGUUUGUGGACUCCGAAAACAGAUCUAAUAACUCACUCCACAUCAAGUUAGAAGAUGAGGGCAUCUUCCAGGGGACUGUAAGCUAUGAUGGCACUCCAGUCAACAAUGGGGAGCUUACAAUUAUAUCCCUUAAUGACUCAGAAUGGUAUGCGGUGGAGAAGAACAUCGACAGACACUGCUACAACGUUUGGUACGAAGCUGCACUAUUACCCUACCCCCUGACAGGCUCGAACACACCUCCCUCCAUAGGCAAUGGGGCUGACGUGGCCAGGAAAUCCCGCAAGGUGUACUGUUACAUAUCCCAACGGAACGUGUCCAUCAAGGAGUUUUAUAUGCGCAUCUUCCCCCACAAGCUCCACGCUUUUAGAGUUAGCCCAAGAACAAAGUUCACACUUCACCCGCCCAACUCUAACUACGAACACCCGGCCUUUACCAUCUCCGAUGGUGCCCAGGCCCCCGUAUCUGUUGUUUGCCGGGAUAGAAAUGUCCUGGUUGCCACUUAUAGCAGACUGGUUCUACUAAACAUUGGUAAAAAUGCAAACAUUGGUGGUUCCGAAAGCUUCAAGAAGAAACGAGAAUUCUUCAAUGAGAAGCUUUUGUCUCACCAAGGAAUGAAGGGCGGCGAGGUUCGACUCAAGAUAAACCGGUCAAACUUGCUUGAAAGUUCUUAUGUUGCUUGCAAGAACGUCGACUGGCUGAAAAUGUUUAACGUAACUUUCGAAGGAGAAGAAGGUCUCGACUGGGGAGGUGUAAGAAGGGAGUGGUUCGAGCUGCUCUGUAUCGCCCUGUUUGGCCGUGACAGUGAGUUGUUCACGCGCUUCAAAGGAGACGAUCCUCAAGCACCGGUCCAUCCAAAUCCAAGAAGACCACCGCAUCUCAAUUUAAAGUACUACAAGUUUGCCGGUCAAGUAGUUUCAAAGUGCAUCUACGAGUCUGCAAUAAGCAAUGCACGCCGACAAAACGUCAAGGCAAAGUUUACACGGUCAUUCCUAGCCCAGUUGCUAGGGUUACGGGUAAAUUACAAGUACUUAGAGAGUGACGAUAAAGAUCUUUAUCGGAGCAAAGUGCAGUUCAUUGAAGAAAAUGACCCAGCAGAUCUAGAGCUAAAGUUUACAGAGGAAGAGUACAACAGCUCGGGCCAGCUAGAAAAGGUGGUGGAGCUCAUACCUGGUGGUCGGCUGAUUGACGUCACCGAGCAAAACAAGUGCGAGUAUCUGAAUCUGAUGGCACGAUAUAAACUGGUAGAAAGCGUGCAAAAAGAGGUUGACGCUUUUAUACAAGGAUUAAAUGAGCUUGUCCCAGACAACCUCCUGGGUAUGUUUGACGAGAACGAACUGGAGCUGCUGAUGUGCGGUACAGGGCACAUAAGCGUGGCGGACAUGAAGGCGCAUCAUCAUGUCUUAGCCGGCGGUGGACAGCGUUUUACCAAGAUCAUGGAUUGGUUCUGGACCAUUGUAUCGUCACUGACUCAAGAGGAGCUUGCACGUCUGCUCCAGUUCGUCACCGGUAGUUCCCAGCUCCCCCCAGGGGGCUUUGCAGAGCUCUCGCCCCAGUUGCAAAUAAGCUACAUAGCCACAAGCCAAGCCUUGCCUACCGCACACACUUGUUUCAACCAGUUGUGUCUCCCCGACUUCCCUUCAUUCAACGAGAUGCAGCGAAAGCUCCUGCUCGCUGUCAAUGAAGGCUGUGAAGGAUUUGGAUUCUCGUGAAUCAGACAGUGUCGCUGGCAUUUACACGUAGCUAAUAUCUAACUGAGGCUGUGCUGUAUUAUCAUGGUUCCUCAGUGGUCUCCGGCCAAGUUCCGGGCGUACUUAUGGGUGGUGUGGUCGCAUAAUGUCCGAGUGGUUAUAUGGUGCCCCUACGAUCAUGUGAUGCCCUUUCAAUGCGUGAUUACAGCACAGAGCACUCACCUCUAAAGUUUGAAUAAAUGUGAUAGCCUAUACUGUACGUACAGUGCCGUAGCAGACCUUGAGAUAUUGGGGGAUCACAAUAGAAAAAUUGGAGGCCACGCCCAACCUGCUCAUUACCUUAUAUUUUUUCAAACAUCUUGGGGGGGGGGGGGGGGGGGCACGUGCCGCGCCGUAAACACGGUAACCACGGCUUGGAGAGGGUGGGACCCUAAAAGGCCUUUUUUUAUUAUUAGGUAGCACAAAAUGCUCUUGUCAUUCGAAUUUUAUUCAAACCAUUCUUCCAGUUUUUUUUACUACCUCGAAAUGCUUAUAAAGUGUAUUGCGAGUCAGUGUUUAUAUGAUUUAUUCCCAUAUAGAUAAUUGAUUCUGUGUGCCUCAAGCUUGAUAUGGAGAAAUGCUCUUACAAUCCGCUAUGUACUUUAUUUAUGAUGUAAACAUAUACAAGUCACUACAAUUCAUAUUAGAACCUAUAAAUUUAAGACUUAGGUAUAUAGUAUAUACCAAAAAUAGAAUAUAUAUGCCAUUGAAUAGAAAUACUAAAGGAUUGCCAGAUUUUUUUUUUCUAAAUAACUACAGUUAAAACAAAAAGAUGUAAUAAAAAUUUAUUAGAUACUGAA